GGGGGGAGCUGGGCAGAGGAGCUAAAAUCUGGCUGCUGGAGGUAUUUUGCCAGACCAAGGAGCCUAUUCCUCGAGAAGAAGAUCGUCUUGCAUGCUGAUCCGCUGUGGAUUUAUGGAGGGGCUCGGGCGCACCUUUGAGCACUGCCACGCACAACAUCCCGCCCGCUGAACCCAGGACGCCGCCGACGCCCCCUCACCUGGCACUAAGCCUUCGGGCUUAACCAUUCACAUCUCCCGUGCAUGGCUCUUGAAGCCGAGGGAGGACUUUUCCUGGCUGCUGCCCCGGCCUGAGCUGCACCGGGCUUCCAUCACUGCCCCCAAAUAUUUCACAUAUCCAGAUGGGGUAACGUGACGGGCACCGAAGGGGACGCCAGUUGGUUCAACCGAAUGCAGAGGCCUUUUCGGAGAGGGGAGAGCGAGGAAGGGAAGCCGGGCGCCGCCGAAGGACGACUGCUCGAAAAUUGCACACGCAAAGGAAAUUGACACUACAAAAGGAUUUUUUUUUUAAGUAUUAUUCGGAAUUGAAGCACAGGGUUCCUUUUUUCUUUUCGUGUUGGAUGGUUUAGAGAAUCCAACGUCCUCUCCCCCCGAAACAGCUGGGAAUAUUUGCACAACGUUGAUUUUUGCGAGGGAGAAAUAUCUUGCCAAACUCUUGGGAAUUUUCUUUUCCUUUUUUGUCCUGCAGAUAGCUUUUUUUGACUUAGGGUGUUGUUUUCGGUUUGGGGUGUUCCCGCCCAGCCCCCCAGCUCGCUUUUGUUUUUCACGAUGGCCCGAAUGAAUCGGCCUGCACCUGUGGAGGUCUGCUACAAGAAUAUGAGAUUCCUGAUCACUCACAACCCGACCAAUGCGACGCUGAACACCUUCAUUGAGGAUCUGAAAAAAUACGGUGCAACAACAGUAGUGAGAGUUUGUGAAGUAACCUAUGAUAAGACUCCGCUGGAAAAAGACGGCAUUACGGUGAUGGAUUGGCCGUUUGAUGAUGGAGCCCCCCCGCCCUCCAAAAUCGUUGACGACUGGCUGAAUCUGCUGAAGACCAAGUUCUGCGAAGACCCCGGCAGUUGCGUGGCUGUUCAUUGCGUGGCUGGCUUGGGACGGGCUCCUGUUCUGGUGGCGCUGGCCCUGAUCGAGAGCGGGAUGAAAUACGAAGACGCCAUUCAGUUCAUUAGACAGAAGCGCCGAGGGGCAAUCAACAGCAAGCAGCUGACGUACCUGGAGAAGUACCGGCCGAAGCAGCGGCUCCGUUUCAAGGACCAUCAGAACCACAAGAACAAGUGCUGCGUCAUGUAACCUCAGUAAAAA